AUGGAUGCGAAAUGGAGAAAUUUUCAAAAUGGAGGGCAAGAUGCUGGUACCGGAAUUCAACCAUUCCUUGCCCCUGUGCCUUCGAGAACAAAUUCAGAUAUAUACGCGAAAAUCGCACUUAUACUUGGGAUUAUUCUUAAGCCAGUUUUAGGGAUUCUUAAAUUGUUAUUGACCGCUGUUAUUGCCAUAUUAUUAUUUCUUUUAGUAGAUGUUAUUGGACUAGCUCUGAAAAACCUGAAGUCCGUAUAUCGAACAUAUCACUAUAUAUUCACUUCUUUGUUUUCACGUCUUUCACUUUUUUUCAUGGGAUUUUAUUGGAUUCACACAGAGACUGUUUCUUUACGGAAGGGACGUCCCAGUAUUCCUAAAGUUCGUCAAAUAAAUUGCGUAAGACAUGGUGAUGUGGUAGUUUGCAAUUGGACGUCUUAUGUAGAAAUUUUAUACUUGGCAUUCAGGUUUGAUCCUGUCUUUACGCAAAUUUAUCCGGCAUCCAACACUUUACGACCAAUAUCUUUGUGGACUGCGCUCAGACUAACAGGAUCAUACCCAGAAGCCAAGCCACCAAGUAAUGUAAAAACUUAUAAUCUUCAGGAAUUAGUAAGAGAAGCCACGAUAAAUAAAUUGGGACCGAUCGUUGUAUUUCCUGAGGGAACGACGUCGAACGGGCGUGCACUUUUGAAAUUGGUACCUAUUUUCAAAAGUUUGUCGACGCCUGUAGAAGACUUUUCAAUACACAUUUUAAUUACAAGGUAUGAAUAUGAAAACUUUUCACCAACUUACACUAUCGGAAAUAAGUUCUGGCAUUUUGUAAUGUUGUGCAGUCAGUAUUAUAAUGUCCUUCAUGUUAAAAUUCUUGCACUUGAAGAGUCCCUAUCCUCACCUAAUUUUGCGAUUCCUGCAAUACAAUCGUCGGGUAUGCCUUCACCAUCGAUAACACAAGAUGAUGUUAUUGGCUCUCAAAUUCUAAAUUUAAUGGGGCAACUUGGUAGAAUGCGCAGAACUAACUUUGGAAUGGAUGACAAAAAAGCCUUUUUGGAUUUUUAUUGGGAAAAAACAAGUGGAUAUGCAAAGAAAAAAUAA